CGCGCAGUGUACAAUCCCGCGUACAGUAUUCGAGUUGCGGUCGUAGGUGUGUGUGCCGUUCUUCAUCGGUUUCCGAUGGCCAGAUUGUUCAAAAAAUCUUUAUUGACGCAGUGGAUUAUUUGCAGAUUUGUACACAUGUGAGCAGCUUUCGUGUCCAAGGACAAUGUCUCGUCUCUGGAUGGUGUAUGUUGAGUUGGUCCUUAUUUCUUGCCUUGGACAGAUUUACGCGCAAAAUGAAAACCCAGUGGUGUUCACAUUAGGAAUGUUCCAGAAUGUGAGUAUUCCUGUGAACGGAAGCGUGGAAGUGAACGUGUCCCGAAUCCCAGCUGAAGUGGCCUUCGUCAUAUUGCAGUUUCACACUCAGCACCGCAAUGCCACCAUCUCAUACACAAGAGUUCCAGCGUAUGGCUUUUCUGUCACCACAGUUGACUCUGGGCUACUGUUUCCUCUCGCGCCAAAUCAGCUGACUCUCUCAUUCUUCCUGCUGUCUCCUAGCGGUGACUCGGUUACCGGAAUAGGAGUUAUACUGCCCUACUCACGCACUGAUCCUGUCCCUGGGGCAUGCAAUCUGGAGUUCCCACUGGAGAACGAUCCAAACAUCUACGUGCUGUAUAACCUUUACGAGACUAUCAUUCGCUUCGCCCCCGCUAACAUCGGAUAUGCGAGAGGAGACUCUCCCCCAGCGUGUGAUGUGGAAACAGACCCGAACACUCGCUGGCGUUUACAGUAUGACGUGUACCAAUACUUCCUUCCUGAAAACGACCUAUCAGAGCAAAGUCUGAUUAGUGGCAUGGAGAUGGUUGCCACGGUUCCAGGCAUGGUGGAAAAUGGUAGAAAGCUGAUGACGCUAUCCUCUCAAGAUAAAACUCUGGUGUCCUUUAACUCCAUCCCGGGACAGGGAGUAAUCUACGGCAUCGUGGUGAGAGACCCGGUCUACAACAGCUCCGCUUCAUACGUACCCGUGCACACCUACGCCUGCAGCUUCACCUCUACUUUAGACGGAUGCACCAUGCUAGGGAGAACUUCCACCAAAGUUUUUUUCACCAUUACAGGACUGGCAGGACUUUUCGUCUGUUUCUUAGGGCAUCGUUUUUUUAAAUGUGAGCUCUUCUGUUUGGGCUUUGGCUUUGGAGCGUUCUGCUUCUUUGUGCUGAUCACGAGAACCACCAUGCUGGAUUAUGACAUCCGACUGGCUUUGACUGCUCUGAUAGGCGUUGUAGGGGGCGUGGGCCUGGCGAUGACGUGGUGGCGGUUCGGCUCGGUGAUGGCCUGUGUUGUCUUCUCUGGCCUCACUUUCAGCUUUCUCCUCUCAUCCAUUAUCUUUUUCACACCACUGGGUGACCUCUCUGUGUUUCAUAAUGAUGCUGUGUUCUGGGUGACGUUCGUCUGCAUGAUGCUGGUCCUGCCUCUGUUCUUCAUCAGAUGGCCAAGAGUGGGUAAUAUAUUGACCUGCGGGGUGGUGGGAGCGUACAUGGUAGUGCUGGCUGUGAACGCUUAUACCUACACCAGCCUGUCCUACAUCACACUGGACAUCCUCAAACGCUUACUCAACGAAGACUUCAGCAGAACUUUCAUAUCCGUCCCUCUGCAGCAGAUCGACUUCAUCCUGAUAAGUGUGUGGGUGAUUCUGGCGGUGUGGGGCAUCGCGCUACAACUGUACAGAGAGCGCUCUCGACCGUUCUUUCCGCCGAGCCCGUACGUUCUGUGGUGCCAGGAACGUGAGCGGCGCAAGACCAACGUAUUAGACCCGAGCCACCACAUGCCGUCUCUGCCCGCCCGCCUGCUCGCCCGAUUACGCCAGCUCACUCGCCACCAAGAGCCUGCUGGGGAGCGCACACCACUACUCCUCUGACCUCUGACCAGCGUAACGGUCAGACCCGCUGCCAUCAUCCACAGUGAGAGGUGACUUACUGAAGGAUACAGACUCAGGGCCCACUGUAUGUGACUCAUACACUGUUCAGCUAGUGACAACAGUAUGAUUUUGGUGAACGGCUCUUGAAUGUAGAUGAUAUCGAUCAUAGAUGCGGUGUUAAAUUAUUAAAUCCAAACUUAGAACCUGAUAAACGCAAAGUCCUAGACGAAGGUCUUCAGUCGUGUCGGCGAACUGAUAUGAGAGUUUUAAAAAUAUAAAUUAGAGCUGAAAUAUAAAGUAGAACUAUUUUUUUAAAAAGCUGUUUAUUUUCAUGAUUCCUCCAAAGACCUUCGUGUGAUGAUGAAAUUGAGCAAUUUUUAAACUUUGUUUACAUUACAAGUCCAAGUGUAAAAUUAUUAAAUAUUUUAAAGCUUUUUUCUACCAAGUCUGAGACUAAAAGCCAACUAUGAGAAGAUGACGGAGGGGACCAACUCUUUAUUUUACGUACUGUGCUCAGAGAUAUGAACACUGAGAGUCUGUCAGGAGAAGCCUGAACACUGAGAGUCUGUCAGGAGAAGCCUGAACACUGAGACUCUGUCAGGAGAAGCCUGAACACUGAGACUCUGUCAGGAGAAGCCUGAACACUGAGAGGCUGUCAGGAGAAGCCUGAACACUGAGAGGCUGUCAGGAGAAGCCUGAGCAAGCAAAAGGGUGUUAACCUAAAUUUCCUGAAAAAAAGCAGUUCACUGCAUACACAGCCAUCACAAUGGUGUAGUCUGAUUAACUGAAAGGUUUUAUCCCUAAGCCACAUGGGCUGUUGAGUUGUUUCCUAUUCUCACUAGACCUCCUGGAAAAGUGUCUUUAACCUUCAUCACAACUGAUAUCACACGUAACCUCUAGUUUCUGAUGCCAUGUUUUGUAUUUUAGGCUUUCUUUGGAACAGAAAGAUGUAGCAUUUUACUUGAAAGAUACCACGGUGUGUGUGUUGGGGCUUGUUUCUUCAUGCAUUAUAAACUCCAGAGAAAUUGUUAGGAGGGUCUUUUAUGGGAUCGGGAUUCAGGACCACUUUAUAACCACCUGCUGAAUAGUAAGCACUUGCUGGAAGAGAACACUGAUUGGUUGACACGUGUACAGGGUUUCUGUUUCCUCUGUUUACUCUCCUCAUCUGGGUGGUUUAUAGAUCCCCCAGACUCGGGUCCUGUGUGAGGAUUGGGGUCACAUAACAUCCCAUAUUGUCUCAGGGCUUUUGUGUAACAAUGCCGCUUAACGAGGUGUUCCAGCAUGAGCGUGGUGUUCAUGUCUGCAGUGUUUGAUGUAGUUUCUUACACAAGUUGCAAUAAUAUCUAAAAUUAUAUUUUAAAACUGCUUGCAUGUUAUGGCUCUUAUUUAUGUUUGACAUUAAAUUUAUUUUGUAAUUGCUGAAGAUAAUAA